AUGAGGCGUCUGUGGGAGGCGCCGAUGCCGGGCGGAGGGUCGAGUUUCGGACUCCUCACCGCCCGGGCCAACAGCCGGAUGCUCGCGCAGAAGUCUGGCCAGGACGCGGAUGCGCCGCCGCCACCCGAGGAGAAGGCCCCGGCAGAAUCUCAACUGUCGACGGUUCCCGCCCGAGAGGACGCUCCGCCCAAGUCGCUGGCGGAUUGGCCGCUGGGUCAAGACGCGGCCAAGGAAUACGUCGCGGCACAAGUUUAUCGGUGGGAGCAAGUUCGGUCUGAACGUGUGCUCCCGCCGAAUGUGGAGUACACCUGGCCGGAAUCUCGGCUGGCCACGUCCAAGGACCUGGCGGCCCGCGCGACUCUGGGCGGCGAUGUUCAGCCGUGCGUGCUGGAGCUCCGCCUGGACCGACACGACCUGGCCACCGCCCAAGAUGCCGUCGCGGCCGAGAUCUCGGUCGCCGCUUUCACGCCGAGGGAGUGUGUCCCGAUCCUGCAGACACUGCUCUUCGAAGCCGGCUCCCAGUUCGACAACUUGGUCCCGGAGUGGUUCAAGACGCACGCGUAUAAGAUCGCGCCAGACCUCGUUCGGAGUCUGGCCGGAGACAUCCAAACCUUGGAAGUCGAAGCAAAGUCUGGGCAGACACCUGCUCUGGACUAUCAUGCGGAGGAUCAGGACGGAGAUUUAUUGAUGAACGCUUACGAGGUCAACCUGCUCGGCCGGAACUACGUUCUGCGCCUGCGCGUGGCCGGCAUUCGUUCUGCCAGGAGUUCAAGCGGGUCCUCGGCCGGAGAGCCCACGACCAGCGACGGCCAACCCGCGCGGAAUCCUCUCGGCCAGACACCCUGCUUGCUUCGCUUCCGUCUGAGCUGCCAUCAUGAAGACAUCCAGCGAGUCCGACUCGGACAGUGUCUGGAGCCGUCGCCGCAGUCGUCACCGACGCUCGUCCAAGCGGCCUUCGCAAAGGUGGCCUUCAUCGCGUCGCGCAAGCCGUCCGGCCGGACUGGGUCUUCAAUCUCGUCCGGGGUCGCUGAAGCUGCUGUGGGCGCUCUGCAUCAGGCACAGAUGCUAAACAGCGGGAUUGAGAAGCUUCGCGAGGCUUUGGCAGCAAAGGAGAAGGCUGACCAGGAAGCUGAAGUCCUGCGUGCUUUCGCCGAAGCUGCACAGCGGGAUGUCCCCGUCAUGUCGACCGCGGAGACCGUAGUUGUCAUCCAGGCGGCCAGCCUUCAGGCCGCGAGAGCUGAGCGGGAGCGCGUGGAGGCCGCCGCUGUGCAGUGGAUGCAGCAGCAGACUGAAGCCGACGCAAAGCGCGAGUCUGAGCGAGCCGCCCAGGCUGCGCGUACCCAGCGCGACCUGGAAGAGAGUCGAGCGGUGCAAGCGGUCAUGAAGCAGGAGCUCGAGAACUUGCGUGCGACGUACAAGAACAUGCAGAUGUUCCAGGACGAGCAGAUCCGCAACCUCCGUGCGACUGUGGCCGAUGUGCAACCCGACCGUGCGACAACCGACCCUGAUUUGGCAAUUCGCGGUUGCGUUAUCAUGGGAAGGGGCGAUUGCGACCGUGCGCGACGGACUACGGCCGAGUUCGCGGAGUGGAACGCGACAUCGCCCUUGAGGGAUGCUGACGCGACGCGACAUGAAGGAGCACGCUCGGAGACGGAGAGCGACACAGCCAACGACUCCUCGCCCGGGCGCAACCUGUAA